AUGGCUGGCCUCUCCUCCCUCAAAAAUUCAAACCCCCUUCACAUUUUCUCCAUGAAACCAUCAACACCAAUAUCAAAACUCAAAACCCUCAUCCAAACCUUCAUCUUCUCCCACUUGUACCGCGCCACACGUGCCUUCGCCAAGGCAAAAUCGCUGCUCCUUGAGCACGUGCGCGACAUACAUUUCCUACACCUAGCGGAGUUCAAAAGGGGUAGGAACUCCAAGAGAAAGCUGUAUUUCGGCUCGUUUAGGCUCCAUUACAAUUGGUGUGCAUCGCACGUGAUGCCUUUGUCUGAAGAGAGCUACCCCAACUCCCACAUCUACCAUGAUGCUAGUUGGAACGUACUCGUUCCAACUAACACCAACAAGGCAUCGGCAACUAUGGCAAUCCCAGAUGGGAUAAGAGAGCCGGAAGGGUUCUCUAGAUACUUAGAGUGGCUUGAGGAGGAGAAGGGAAAGCAAGAAUCAAGCUCAAAUGAGAUUGAUAAACUUGCUGAUUUGUUCAUUGCGGAUUGUCAUGAGAAAUUCAGGCUGGGAAAACAAGAAUCUUAUAGAAGAUUUCAGGAAAUGAUGGCUAGAAGUGUAUGA